GGGGCCGGCCGAGGUCGGGCAGCGGAGCGGCGGGAGGCUGCGCGGCGGGCCCCUGGAGACGGGCGCCGGACGGAGGAGCGCGCCUCUCGGCCUUGCCUCCGCGCCUCCGCGUUCGCAGCCGGCCGCCCCGACAGGACCCGAGGAGCAGGUGGCUUUCUAGAAGAUGACCAUAGAGGACCUUCCAGAUUUUCCAGUAGAAGGAAAUUGUUUGAUUGGAAGAUACCCGUUUUUAUUUCCAGGUUCUGAGACACCCGUUGUUUUUUCCAUUUCUGCGGCACCAAUGCCUUCGGACUGCGAGUUUUCUUUCUUUGAUCCUAAUGAUACAUCAUGCCAGGAAAUUCUCUUUGAUCCUAAAACUUCUGUAUCAGAAUUAUUUGCCAUUUUAAGACAGUGGGUUCCUCAGGUCCAGCAAAACAUUGACAUUAUUGGAAAUGAGAUUCUUAAGAGAGGCUGCAAUGUGAAUGACAGAGAUGGAUUGACAGAUAUGACUCUUUUACAUUACACUUGCAAAUCUGGAGCUCAUGGUAUUGGUGAUGUUGAUACAGCUGUAAAAUUUGCAACUCAGCUUAUUGAUCUGGGAGCAGAUGUUAGUUUACGGAGUCGCUGGACAAAUAUGAAUGCUUUGCAUUAUGCUGCUUAUUUUGAUGUCCCUGAGCUUAUAAAAGUGAUUUUGAAGACAUCUAAACCAAAAGAUGUAGAUGCCACUUGCAGUGACUUUAAUUUUGGAACAGCUCUGCAUAUUGCUGCUUAUAACUUGUGUGCAAGUACUGUGAGAUGCUUAUUGGAGCAUGGAGCAAAUCCUGCAUUUAGGAAUGACAAAGGGCAGAUCCCUGCUGAUGUCGUUCCGGACCCAGUGGAAAUGCCUCUGGAGAUGGCCGAUGCUGCUGCAACUGCUAAAGAAAUCAAGCAGAUGUUGUUGGAUGCGGCGCCCCUGUCGCGUGACAUGUCAAAGCCCCUGCUUCCAAACUGUGACCGCGUCACUAGCAAGGCGAUGCUCACGUCCCUCGGUCUGAAGUUGGGGGAUCGCGUCGUUAUUGCAGGACAGAAGGUUGGAACAUUAAGAUUUUGCGGAACAACAGAAUUUGCAACUGGGCAGUGGGCUGGCAUUGAGUUGGAUGAACCAGAAGGAAAAAACAAUGGAAGUGUUGGGAAAACCCAGUACUUUAAAUGUGCGCCCAAAUACGGUAUUUUUGCACCACUUUCAAAGAUAAGUAAAGCAAAAGAUCGAAGGAAGAAUAUAGCACACACUUCUUCUGGAAAAGCUGUGCCUCUCAUCAGGUCCCAGAAAAUUGAUGUAACUCAUGUAACAUCAAAAGUAAACACUGGAUUAAUGACUUCAAAAAAAGACAGCGCUUCUGAAUCAACACUUUCAUUGCCUCCUGGUGAAGAACCGAAACCCGUAACAGAGAAAGAUGGUACCCUGCUCGGAUCCAUCAGCAGCUCCUCCUCCACAUCAUCUUUGGAGUACAAGCCGAACCACCCCAAGAAACUGAAUGCACAAAGCAAUAACAGGAAGACAGUGAGCAAAAGCCCGUCUGUCUCCUCUAGAACCAGUGCUGGUUUGAAUUCCUCAGGAGCAUCUGUAGCAAAUAACAGCCGCUGUGCAGGAGAGCCCCACCUCGGAGAUAGAGUGCUGGUGGUAGGCCAGAGAAUCGGCACCGUUAAGUUCUUCGGGACAACAAACUUUGCUCCAGGAUAUUGGUACGGUAUAGAGCUUGAGAAACCCCAUGGCAAGAAUGAUGGUUCAGUUGGAGGUGUGCAGUAUUUUAGUUGUUCUCCAAGAUAUGGAAUAUUUGCUCCCCCAUCCAGGGUACAAAGGAUAACAGAUUCCCUGGAUACUCUUUCAGAAAUUUCUUCGAAUAAACAGAAUCAUUCUUAUCCUGGUUUUAGGAGAAGUUUCAGUACGACUUCUGCUUCUUCCCAAAAAGAGAUUAACAGAAGAAAUGCAUUUGCCAAAGUACGGGACUGAAAUGUUUGGUGGACACUGUUCUAAGGAACAAGAGGAAGACUUUGGGUGUUGGCAGGUAGUAGGAGAGCUGCCUGUGACCUUGGGCUGGGGGAGACAUGGGAGUGACGGCUGGCCUUCUGCCGAUGGCACAGAGGGGAUCGGGUACUGUGCUGUGACCAGGCCGGAAGCAUGAUGGAUUCUGAGGACUGGGUUGAAAAAUGAAUUCAUUGAGAUUCCCCACACACUACCAUUUUCUUGUUUAUUCAUAUGGGAAUAAAUGAUACUUCCAGAAGAAACAUGGAAAACGUAGUGGUAUGAAAAUUCCUGGGGAGGAAACUUGAAGCGUUUGUGUAAAGGACGUGCCUGCCCCACAUGAGAGAGGACGUGAGGACAGGGGGGCAGGAUCUGGUUUUCUGUGUCAUUUGUCGAAAUGACAGUGAUGAACGCAUUUCAUUCAGAGGACAACAUGACGGCAAGGGGCUUGACGCAGUUCUCGUGUUUUCAGAAUUCUAUGUGUAUCAAAUGCCAAGAAUAGGGCUAGAGAGGAAGGGGGCUUGGGAUUUGAACCCUGCACCACAGUGAUCUGGUAGUCACGAGGAGUCCAUCCUCGCCCGCCUGACAUCCAACCUGCAUCUGUGUCCUGUCACCACACGCAGCCUGGUCCUGCCAGCUCCUCUCAGCUCCUCUCCGUGCUGUCACGGCGCAUCCCGUCUGUGGGAUCCAGCCUGUUGACACGGUUUGUGUGGUCAGCUCAAAUUUGAAUGUCUUUAGGCAGAACUCACAGAAUCCUGUUUGCUGCAUGUUCCAUUAUGUCACAUCAUCCAUUUGCAUUCACUGCCUGUGCCUUGAAGCUUCUCGAUUGUCAAACACACGAUGAAGUCCAGAUUCAUCGGCACGGCAUCUAAAGGCCCGCCUGCACGCACGGCUCCUGUCUGUGCCCCUGACUUUGGUCUCAUGGGGAUAGCCUCACCAGUGAGGCUUACAGGUCACUUCCCCACUGAAGGAUCUUCCCUGGCCCUUAAGGGAGGAUAGACUUCUUCCUCUUUCUGUGCUCCUUCUGCACCACACACAGUCUGUAUUUUGGUAUUGAUGACAUUUUACUGAUUAUUAUGCACAAAUCUAGAACCUACCCCUGGGCCUGCCAUUUCAUAGGUGGUUAGUUAAUGUUUUUGAAUGAGUAGCUCUGAAAUGUACUUAUAAUUCCAAGUUUCUCACUUCCCUGAGCUUUUAGACGUAACUUGAAUCAAUCAGAUCAUUCUUAUUAGAAUGUUAACUCUUCACCCAAACCAUGAGUUUUUGGUUUAGAUCUUGAAUUCAUUUAUUACUAGUUUAUUUCUCUUAAAACUUUUUUGAUUAUGAAAGUUGAUUGUACAAAAUUUGAAAAAUUAUAAAAAACUAAGUGCAGAUAAAGAUCAUCUGUAAUUUUUAUCACCUAGAUGAAAUGAUCACUUCUGUUUUGGUAUAUACUUUCCUAAUUUUUUUCCUAAAGCAUGUAUCUGAAUUUUAAACCAAGAUGGACAAAUCAGAUUCUCCAUACCCUUUGAAAGUUUUUCCCUUAAUAAAUCCUGUAUUCUUUAACAGUUUUCCUCAGUGUGGCUUUUGCAGUAUUUUAAAAGACUGUCCUGUGAUAUAGAAACGUUUUUAUGGCAUAAUAAUAGGUGAAAAAAAUCAUAAUUUAACUAAUAGUAGAUGCUAGACUUUUCAUUCAUUAUCUGUUUCCCUCCCUUCCCGUGUGUGUGUGUGUGUGUGUGUGUGUGUGUGUCUAUUCAGGCAGAUAUCCAGCACUAUUUCCUUCUGGUUCUUUCCUGUUUUCUAAUGUAUGUAUUUAGCUGUUUAAUUUAUUUGGAAAUUAUUUUAACAUACAGUGAGUGGUAAGAAUCAUAUUCUUUCCCCCCAGAUGAUUUUUACAGCACUCCUAGUUGAAUGUUCACUCCUGUCCCUACUGAUUUGAAGUGUUCCUUUUUAAUCACAUAAGAAAUUAUGUGUAUUUCUCUAAGGUAUCUUUUCUGUGUCAUGUAGAAGUACAUUCUUGUGCCAGAGCCCCAUUGUUUUAGUUAUAGUAACUUUAGAGUUUAAUGUGCUGGCAAUGUAAAUCUUCGCUGUGUUAUUUUUCAGCUUUGUGUUAAUUACUAAUACCCAUCUGUGGCUGUAAGCGCCUGGCCUUUGUGCUCGCACCACCUUGCACGGGAGCCCCAUCUGUCCUCUUCACCGUACCUCCGACCUUAGGCAAAUAGCUUAAUUUUUCUUGGUCCUCAAAUUCCUCUUCUGUUUGAAGGGAGGUAAUAUCUACAGCAGUGGCUUGGGUGAGGUUGGAUAAGAUAGUGGAUGGAAAGUGCCGGGCACAUAGUAGGUGCUCAGGAAAUGAUACACGGCAUCAUUUUUAUGUGGAAUUUAGACUGAUUUUGUGAGGUUGCAAAUAUCCCUCUGAGGGGUGAAUUUAGGGAGAAUUGACACAUACAUGUUUCUAUCCAGAAGCAAAGCUUGUAUAUUUUUCUUUUGUAUGUUCUUCAGUAAAGGUUGUACUUUUCCCAACAGGUGUUACGUAUUCUUUGUUAACCUUAUCAUUGUAUGUGUACGUUUGUAAUAAAUGAUACUUUUUUCCAUUAUAUUUUCUAACUAGAAUUCUAUCACGUGUUGGCAAAUGUGGCUUGGGACCAAUCUUUGGACCUCAGUUUUCUUACCCAUGAAAUUAGAGUGGUCUUCUUUCUUACAGAGUUGUUAAUGGAAGGAAAUGCAAUGUUGUGUGUGAUAGUGUUUUAGGAAAUAUAGACAGUGAAAUGAAAUAGAGAAUCAGGAGGACCCAGCUUCUUCCAGGCACCAUGCAGUUUUGGUAACAGGUUCUGCCUUGUCUCUACAGUGGGGACGGGGAGAAGGUUUUGUUUUGGAGGAGAGGUGGUACGCAGAUGGAGCAUGCAAGGCUCCCGUGGUGGUGGUUUGGGGAAGUCUCGGGUCAUGUAGGGCAGCAAGAACCUGGUGAUGUUUCUAGUGUGAGUUCCAGGCUCAGUGACUUCGCAGUGACAGUGGAGGGUGCUAGGGACAGUAUUGUCUUGAGGCCUUGGAUGAAAUCCCUGCGUGAGUGCUCAGUAGUUUUGCUAUCAGGUCAGGUUGGCGGCGGGUGCCAGGACGCAGUUCAUUAUAAAUAACGUUUUGUAGAGAAAAGGAGAGGAGUCCUGCGCCUGGAAACUAAGACCCUCCUUACUGUUAGUGACAGGGCGGGUGGUAAACCCUGAAGUGUGGCUGGAGUUCGUUCAUAGAAGAUAGAUAUAAAUUUAUUUUAUAAAGUUAUAGACGAGCAGUUUCUAAACAUUGUUUUUCAGGUAAAUCAAUGUUCAAAGAGUGAACAAAAGGUCAGUUUAAUUUACCAUAGCCCUAAUGCUACAUUCUCUUUUUUCUUUUUUUCUUUUUCUUUUUUUGCUUUGAUAAUUGAGUGCAGUUAAACAAGUUAUAAGUGUAUUUUUUUCUAGUGGCUAUUUUUACAGAAAGUAAAAAUGUGUGUGUGUAUGUAUUUAGAAAUUGCUAGUGAAAUCUUAAAUCCAGAUUAGGGUACUAUUAAAAUAGCCAAGAGAGAAAAAUGUUUCAAAUGUUGAACAAAAGUAUAUCCUAAUGUGGCUAUUUCGAAUAAAAACAAUCAGGGUGUGAACAGAGAGUAUUUUGUUUUGCAAAUGAAUUGUGACGGUGUUGGUGGGAAGGGAGCUGACAGAUGGCUUGUGUGGCUUUCCUGCUGAAGCGGUCCCCUU